AUGUAUGACAUGUUAAAAUACAUUACAGUUCCAGCCAGAUUUGAGCAGAAGUUCACAGUGGAACGAGUGCGACAUGGAGAAACAGCUUAUCUGAGAUGUAACGCUCAUGGUGAUAACCCUAUUAUUUUAACUUGGCUAAAGGACAAGGUUAUUUUGUCUAAAAUAGACAAUGCCAGAUUCCAAAUAUAUGACAGAACGAGGGAGCAAGGGACUCAGUCGGAGAUCCGGAUUCAUGCCGUAGAUCGUAAUGAUAAUGGACUUUAUACCUGCCAGGCCGAGAAUUCAUCCGGAAAAGACAAACGGAAUAUUAAGUUACUUGUUUUAGAGGUUCCCGAUAGCCCCUCAGAUGUUCGAAUUGAACAUGUUUGGAGCAGAAGUACAAGUUUAUCCUGGACAGUGCCCUACAGUGGAAACAGCCCCAUAUUAAAAUAUAUCAUUCAUUACUGGAGAGAUGAAGAUGGUGCUCCGCAACGUCUACAAGAACAACCAGUCUCAUCGACAGAGACAUCAGCACUGCUACAAAACCUUCAUCCUGGUAGUUCUUAUAUUGUGAAAGUUCUGGCAGUGAACGAAGUAGGUCGAGGAAAUCCAACUGACUCCAGAAGUUUUGUAACCCAGGAAGAAGAGCCUGGAGCACCUCCAACUGAUGUCCGUGUGGACACAAAAGGGACAGAAACACUAUUAAUUACGUGGAAGGCGCCACCGAAAAAUGAUUGGAAUGGCCAUCUGGUGGGGUACUACGUUGGUUACAAAGUUAGGAACUCUUCAGCCCCGUUUUCACUCAGGACAGUUAACGUUAGUAAACAUCAAGGACAAGAGUACUUUCUGAGACACCUGAAGCGAAAUACUGAAUACGCCGUUACCGUUUCGGCCUUUAACAGUGCUGGAAGUGGUCAGCAGUCUCAAGUGAUUUUCAAAAGGACAGCAGAUGCAGAUCUGCCUCCACCUCCAAAUGUGUUUCUGGUGUCAAGAUCCACGAAUUCCGUUGGAUUAAAAUGGACUCAAAAGUCAGAAGAUCUUUUAAUUACACAUUACACAUUGUAUUAUACUGAAGAAGAAGGACCUUGGAAAGAGGUAACCAUACCUGUUUUUGAUAAUAAUUUCUUUGAGCUACAAGGUUUGAAACAAGGAACUUUCUACCAGAUAUACUUGGAGGCAUCUAGUGAAAAGGGAAACAGUGAUCCAAGCGAAAGGAUAUCGAUAAGAACCGAAGCCGUGUCCGACUGGAAGCCUCACGUUGUGUUGAAUGGUGAAGAAGACAGAUCAUCUCAUCUGAACUGGUCGGUAGUGAUUCCUGUGACAUCUGCAAUCGUUGUUAUUGUUAUUGUCAUCAGCAUCUCUUGCUUUUACGUAAAGAGGGAACAGUUGAAACACAGAGAAGCACUGAAAGCAGGGGCUGAAAGUACUUAUCCAUAUAGUAUAGGUGGACCAAUGCCGUACAUGACUAUUCAACGGUAUACGAGUGUCGAGAAGGCACGGAAAUUAAGCCCUUCACCGCCUCCUCCUCCGCCUCUUUCACUAGUGCCAUCUAUAUAUUCUGAUGACUAUCCAGCACCUUAUGCUACCCUGCCUUUACAUUACAGCGCUUCCAAUAGGUGGCGCUCUAUUCAAAAUGGAGGAUCAGUGCCAGAUCAGAUUUCCAAACACUGUGAUCAGAAGACUGAAAAUACACUUGAACAGACGGCGGAAGUACAUCAUUAUGACGUAGCUGCUUGAAGACUAAACUUUUCACGCAUUCGUUUUCAGACGACGGAAGUGGAGUACAUCAUUAUGACGUAGCUGCUUGAAGACUAAACUUUUCACGCAUUCGUUUUCAGACGACGGAAGUAUGUCAUUAUGACGUAACUACUUGAAAACUAAACUUUUCACGCAUUCGUUUUCAACAUUCCUGGAGUUAGUUGAGUGUUCAGAUUUCAUAAAGGAAGAAGCUUUUGUUAAGAUAAAGGUGUAUGUUCAACGAUUCAUACUUCGUAAGUUUGUGUCUGGAGAAAGGAACUUAAUGAUGGACUACAAAUUGUUUAGAAUCUGUUUCACUUUUUUUCAGUGAAAACUGGCGAUAUCAUUGUUGAUAGGCCUUUAGUUGUACUAGAGAAAACUGGCGGUAUCCCUGUUGACAGGCCUUUAACUGUACUAGUGAAAAUUGGCGAUAUCCCUGUGGAUAGGCUUUAAGUUGUACUAGUGAAGAUUGACGAUAUCCUUGUUGACAGGCCUUUAGUUGUACUAGUGAAGAUUAACGAUAUCCCUGUGGACAGGCCUUUAGUUGUCCUAGUGAAAACUGGUGAUAUCCAUGUGGACAGGCCUUUAGUUGUCCUAGUGAAAACUGGUCAUAUCCCUGUGGACAGGCCUUUAAUUGUCUAGUGAAGACUGGCGAUAUCCCUGUGGACAGGCUUUUAGUUUUACUCUUAAAUAAGUGGCGGAAAAAAUGUCCCUUUUCAGCUAAAAGCAAUAAGACUGAGCAUGUGAUACAGUAACGGUUUCAUUUCCUUGUUUCUUAUAAUCAUUUUCAAGUGUAUAUAAGAAAGAAGCCAAAUCAUUAAAACGGGAUAGUGUUGCUUUGAAAUUAGAUUUUUUUUAUUUUCUCGUUCAUAUAUAAUUAGUUCUUAUUGCGUUCAUGUUCCUUUUUGUCUUAUCUUCUCAAAUCUUUCCGAAAAAGUGUUUUUGUCACGAAAGAAAUUCUAAGUAUCUAAGUGCAAGUCAUCGUUUCAUUAAUAGCGUAUCAGAAGGAUAUUUGCAUUUGAGGCUGUAAUAUUUAUCAAAAAAUAUGUAAUUACCAUAAUUAACCGAUACGCCAGUAUUCGACAUAAUAUGCCGAUAUUCUCUGUCUGUUAAAGUAAAUUGUGGUGCUUUUACUUAUAAAGUUAUCUUAGUGUCGUGUACGACGUGAUUGAUGACGUCAUAUUUAAAAGGAUAUAACGUUUAAUCACCUAGUCAUUACGUGAGUUACAGCGCAUUACGAUCAGCCAAAUAGACAGUCUUAAAGUGCUUUCUCAUUUUAUUAGUUAUGUUAUCAUUUUCAGUGAAGAUUUUACAAUUGCUUUACCUGUACAAUGAAUAAAUAGAUUUUAUCAAAGUAUUUCUCUCAAUUAACUUGUAAUUUACUGUGUGUUUUGACACCUAUAUGUAGGUCUUUACAAUUCAUUGUCAACCAAUAAGCUUCCUGAACUUGGUUUUUGAUACGUAUAUAUAUAUAUAUAAUUUUACAAUUCACUGUUAAUUAAUCCACUUUCCGAACUUCUUUUGCAAUAAGGUACUGUCUGUAAAACAAACGAAACUAGGAAAGUGAAGUUAAGUUUGUAAUAUUUGUUAGGGUUAUAAUUUUAAGCCCACAAGUUCAGGGAAUUUUGUAAUUUUAACCCGAUGUACCUUUACAAAUAGUAAUAAUAAUAAUAAAACAAGAUUACUUACUUGUACAUUUUCAAAAUAUCAGAAUUGUGAUUUGGAUUGUGGAUACAUUGAACGUAUUUAAAAUAUAUAAUAAGUUGUAUUACUUUGGUACUCAUUCUCAAUUUGGUGUAUAUAUUUUUUAUCUCCAUCUAUAUUAUUUACAAUUUUGUAACAAGUUUAAAUUUCGAUUAUAAUUAUAAUUUUUGUGUUUUUUUUAUAAUAGUUGUAAUGAUAGACUGUAUAGCUAAGACGGCUGUAUGUACAGAUUUUUCCGACAAAAAAUUAUUGAAAAUAUUUUUUGGGAACUAUUGGGUCAAAAUUCAGCUGACUCGUUUCUUUACGCUGUUAAUAUUAUUUCUCGUGUGUAAUACGCGUUCUACUAUUUUUUGCUUUCUCACUUGAACUGUUAUUUAAUGAGUGAUACCUCUUGUUGGACUUUUCACACGAAUUAGAGUACAACUUAGAAAAAAUACAGUGUAGAUCGUUUCAUCCACACUGAUGUAAUAUUUUGUACAAAAAAUAAAAAUAUUGUGUCAUUUGCA